AUGAAGUUUGGCUGCCUUUCCUUCCGGCAGCCCUACGCGGGUUUAGUUUUAAACAAAAUCAAAACCAUCGAGACCCGCUGGCGGCCCUUGCUCGCAGGCUACAAGAACCGCACCGUUGCCGUUCAUAUCGCAGUUCAGGACUGGCAAGAUGAAACGUGGAGAGCAAUUCUCUUGAAUAGGCUUGGUAUGACACCAGAACAAGUGCAGGAUUUGUUGGACGAAGGGGAAAAGUUUGGCAGAGGAGUCAUCGCAGGAUUAAUUGACAUUGGAGAGACAUCACUAUAUCCAGAAAACUUGCCUCCUGAAAAGAUUCUGGAGCUGGAAAACAAAGCUGUCCUCAGUAACCUAGAACAGAAAUACUUGACUGAUGUUUCAAAUCCAAGGUGGCUCCUCGAACCAAUUCCUGCCAGAGGGACAAGAGGCAUGUGGCAGGUGGACAUCCCUGAGGAACUCAUCCCUUCAGAAGCGUAGCCGUUGCCCCUCACUGUUAUUUUUC